CGAGCUGUGGGGGAAAUGGGACAAUGGGGCUGGGCAGGCAGCAGGAAACAAAGAGUUACGGUGCCAUGGGGAGUUUCAGUGUCACGUAGCAACCCUUCACGCUUCAGGAGCUGAACAAGCUGCAACCCCGGGGGACAGACCGCCCGUAUGGCUGAGCAGCCAUCCCUAGAACUGGCGCCAUCCACGCAGGUGACAGCUGAAGAUGGCACUGAAGCCCCUCAACCCCGAGCCACCCGCCGUGGCUCCCAGCCCACAGCCCCAAGCCGGGGCGCAGAGGAAGGCAAAGCCCCGCAGCUGCUUUCCCGUCGCAGCUCCGUGCUCAGCACCCUGCUGGGCCCCCCAGGCAGCCGCCGCAGCUCUCUGGGGGCAGCCCCGGGGGGCAAGAGGCCCUCUGUGGGGCCCUGGCUCCUCCACAGCCGUGUGAGUUUCACAGGGCUCCCACUUUUCCAACCCAUUCCGGAGACCCACCUGGAAAACACCUACAGGAUGAGGCCGGAGGAAGGCUGCAGGUUCAACGCAGGGCGGGUGCAGCGGGUGCUGGAGGGAGCCCUGGCAGGGGUGUUGGGAGGCACAGCCUACAGCCCCCAGGGCAGCACGGUGCUGGUGCAGAGCCUGGCUGAGCUGCUGCGGAGCCGGGCAAAGGAGGUGGUGCCACCCCGCUACAAGCUGGUGUGCCAUGUGCUGCUGGGCCAGCAGGGCCAGCAGAGCAUGCUGGUUGCCAGCCGGGCACUCUGGGACCCUGAAAGCGAUAGCUUCGCCUCUGCCUCUUUCUGCAAUGCCUCACUCUUUGCUGUUGCCACAGUGCAUGGGGUUUACUUUGAGUAGAGGUCACCUCCCCCAACUUGUGCUCCACCUGCAGCCCUACAGGGCUAGUGCAAAUAAAUAACUUUGCACUAGG